GACCGCUUGUCGGUUGAGUCCGCCCACCCUCAGCUCACCGCCGCGCUCCUCACAUACCCACCCAGCCCCGCCGCCCCGUCCCGCUCCCAGCGCCUCACAUUCCCGACCGCACGAUGCCGUCCCCGCGUCCACCGGGGCUCCCCGCGGCGGCGCUCCCGCCCCUCCUCCUCCUCCUCCUCCUCGCCGCCGCGGCGCCGGCGCGGGGGCAGCAGGAGUACGAGGCCAACAAGCAGAACGCCUGCUACGCCACCAACGCCAGCUCCGUCCUCGGCUACGCCUGCAACGCCACCCCGGCCUCCGCGCCGGCCUGCGACUCCUACCUCGUCUUCCGCUCCAGCCCGCCCUACACCACCCCGGUCCUCGUCUCCUACCUCCUUAACUCCUCCCCCGACGCCGUCGCCGCCGCGAACGCCGUCCCCACGGUGUCCCCGCUCGCCGCCUCCAGCCUCGUGCUCGCCCCCGUCCCCUGCGCCUGCACGCCCGGCGGCUACUACCAGCACAACUCCUCCUACAAGAUCCAGUUCCGCGGCGAGACCUACUUCAUCGUCGCCAACCUCACCUACCAGGGCCUCACCACCUGCCAGGCGCUCAUCGCGCAGAACCCGCUCCACGACAGCAGGAGCCUCGUCGAGGGGGACAACCUCACCGUGCCGCUCCGCUGCGCGUGCCCGUCCCCGGCGCAGGCCGCCAGGGGGGUCCGCCACCUGCUCUCCUACCUCGUAACGUGGGGCGACGAAGUCACCUCCAUCGCCGCCAGGUUCCGCGUCCCCGCGCGGGACGUGCUCGACGCCAACAGCCUCAACGCCGACCAGACCAUAUACCCCUUCACCACGCUGCUCAUCCCGCUCAGGGCCCCGCCCACGCCGGACAUGCUCGCGUCCCCGGCGCCGCCGCCGGCACCGACCCCGCCGCAGACCGUGCCCGCGCCGUCGGGCGGGUCGGGGAAAGGGAAGUGGGUCGGCGUUGGGGUCGGGGUCGGUUGCGGUGCUCUCGCGCUGGCCGGAAUUGUCGGCCUGCUCUUCUUAAGGGCCCGGCGGCGGCGGCGGCAGCGGCGUGGGGAUGGGGAAAGCGGCCGUCAGGGGAAGGUGGUCCUCGACAUGUCCUUGUCGGCGGAGUACGGCGCCCUGGCCUCGGGGAAGCAGACAACUAACACGACGACGUCCUCGUCGUCGUCGGCAACGAGGUCGCUCGUGGCCAGCGACGUUCGCGGGGCCGUGGAGGCGCUGACGGUGUACAAGUACUCGGAGCUGGAGAAGGCCACCGCGGGGUUCGCGGAGGAGCGGCAGGUGCCGGGCACGUCCGUGUACCGGGCCGUCAUCAACGGCGACGCGGCGGCGGUGAAACGCGUGGCCGGCAACGUCAGCGGCGAGGUCGGCAUCCUGAUGCGCGUCAACCACUCCUGCCUCGUCCGCCUCUCGGGCCUCUGCCUCCACCGCGGCGACACCUACCUCGUCUUCGAGUUCGCGGAGAACGGCGCGCUCAGCGACUGGCUCCACGGCGGCGGCGGCGGCGGCCACACCCUCCGAUGGAGGCAGCGCGUGCAGGUGGCGUUCGACGUCGCCGACGGGCUCAACUACCUCCACAACUACACGAACCCGCCGUGCGUGCACAAGAACCUGAAGAGCAGCAACGUCCUCCUCGACGCCGACCUCCGCGCCAAGGUGUCGAGCUUCGGGCUGGCUCGCGCGGUCACCCCGGCCGACGGCGGCGCGCAGCUCACGGGCCACGUCGUGGGCACGCAGGGCUACCUCGCCCCCGAGUACCUCGAGCACGGCCUCAUCACGCCCAAGCUCGACGUGUUCGCCUUCGGGGUCAUCCUCCUCGAGCUGCUGUCCGGGAAGGAGGCCGCGUUCGCGGACGCCGAGACGGGCGAGGAGGCGCUGCUGUGGGAGGCCGCGGAGGAGGCGCUGGUGGCGGACGGCGGCGAGGACGUGGACCGGGUCAAGGUGCGCGCGUUCGCGGACCCGCGGCUGCACGGGGACUACCCGAUGGACCUCGCGCUCGCCGUGGCGGCGCUGGCGCUGCGGUGCGUGGCGAGGGAGCCCCGCGCGCGGCCGGCCAUGGACGAGGUGUUCGUCUCGCUCUCGGCGGUGUACAACUCGACGCUGGACUGGGAUCCAUCCGACUACGGCACCUCCGGAUCUUCGAUGGUUGGGAGGUAGAAGAAAUUAGCAUAGAACUUGAGAUUGCAUAGAACUGGGGACGAUUUGGGAUCGUGCUGUUUAUAGCAAGAGCGAACAGAUGUACCAUUGAUUCCAUCAAUUUGUGUUACAAUUGCUCUAGGGGAAAUGUAAAAAAUCAUCUGAUGAAUGUCUGGAGACCCGGAAUUGAUUAAUAGUACAAACAAAAUCCA